AUGAUGGAAUAUGAGUAUGAAAUAGACCCAAGGUGAGGAAAUGAAAAGAGUAGGCACCGGAAAGAUUUUGACUCGUCUCGAUUUUAUAUAAACCAGCAUUAUGUUUGAUAUUUUUCGUUUUGUCUCUCAGGGGUCUACAAGGCAAACCGGGAUCAGUUGUUUUGAAAAAGGACAAGCAGAACUUAAUUGGUAUCAGUAUAGGAGGAGGAGCCCCUCUUUGCCCAUGCCUUUAUGUAGUUCAAGUAUUUGAUAACACACCAGCUUCCCGAGACGGUGUCCUUCAAGCUGGAGAUGAAAUUGUUGGUGUAAAUGGGAAAUCUUUGAGAGGAAAGACCAAAGUAGACGUGGCAAGAGCUAUUCAAGCAGUUAAAGUUAGUUUUUUUAUACUUGUGAGACGGCACAAAAUGAGCAGUGUCAGAUUUAAACCUAUAGUCCUUCACAAGGUUCUAGCUAAGAUACUGAAGUGCAUGCGUUUGUCGUAGGCCAAAUAGGUUUUCUUGACAUGAUUGAAUGAUCCUGAUUUAUUAUUGUCCAUACGUGUCAUUAAUUAUUGAUACAUCUGAAAAAACGUUUAUCUCAAAUAAGCUGAACAUGACCAUUGUGUCUGACGUCUACUUCCCAUCAAAGAAACUGCGCUAUAUCAUGUACAUUUGAAGUCUUAUUGAUUUCUUAUUUUGAAAUAAAAAGGCUUCAGUGAAAUAUAAACGAGGAAAUUUACAGCCGUGUUAUUAAGGAAGUAUACCCUUAACAUUUACUGAUCUCGUUGUCCCAAGUGAGUGCCCUGUCUGCUUACCGGUCAUGUUGCUACAGAGUCAUUUUGCUACAAAUGUUUGUGUUGCAUGUGGAAGUUGUUUUGCAGCAGACAGGCAUUUUGCAUAUUUAGUGUAGAAAACAUACAAAAACUUUGCUUUUAUAGGCAAAGUUGCUAUAGAUAUAUAAGCUUGAGUUUACAUUAGCUAUGACUUGGUGGCUUUUAAAAGAAUCUUUGUUAUGAUGUAUUAAAACAAAAAAUGCUUUGGAGCAAAUCAACUUCAUAAUGCAGAGACAUGACUUGUAGCAAAACAACUGGACACUGCCUGAGAUCUGAGAAAACAUUAUUCUCAGAAAUUUGAUUCUUGGGAAUGGGCUAUCAACAUUUAGCACACUGAACCCUCCCAGCUUUCUUAGACAGGGUGCAAAGAAAAUCGGUAUGGCUUGCCAUUUGGGCAAGUUGUUGCUAGUAUGUACUAGCCCAAGAGCCUUUUACGUAGCCCCAAAAAAUUUUUGAUGAGCAUCAUUGAUUACAGUUCUUCUCUAAUUUAAAUUUCCCCAAAAACUUCACUUGCCAUUUGGGCAAGUUAAUAACAGGAUUCACUAGCCUGAUUGCAAAAUCCGCUAGCCCCAGGCUAUUGGACAUGAGUUUCUUUGCACGCUGCUUUCAUAUAAGGGGGCACUGGUGAAUGGCUCUACCAAAUUUGGGUCUCAGAAAUUUUUGCCUGAUCUCAAAAUUUCAGGAGAAAAAAAAAACAAAACAGUUCAUCUCUGAAUUAACUAAGGAAAGAGCAGUGGAAUUUUACCUUAUUUGUAUGUUUUGAUUUAAAACGUUUAUUCACAAUUCAAUUUUGUCAGGAAGAAGUGAUUAUCAAUUAUGUCAAAUUACAUGCUGAGCCAGCAGAAGGAAAAACUUUAGACAUAAGUAAGUACAUUGCGAAUGAAAAUGUAGUUUUAUUAGCUCUAGUAUUAAUUACAUAUUGUGAUAAUUAUUUUUUUACUAAUUAGACAAAUAUGAUUUUUAAAUAAUCCUUACAUUUUUAACCUUGAUGAGUAACUUAGCAGAGUUUUUAGAAUAGGUAAAUCCAUAGAACUGCCUAAAGGAACUGAAAUCAAUUCAAAACUCUUGAAUUGAAAUUGUUAGAAAGGCCUGAUAAUAUUUUUUUAUGAGUUACACUUAAUAAUCACUUCCAGUAUUAAAGUAACUCUUUUUUUCUACUGAUCACUUUUGUGUUAUUACUCACUAUUGUAUCAUUACUAAGUACUUUCAAUAUCUUGGAUAGUCUUAAAGAAAAUGAAGCAUCGAAUUGUGGAGCAUAUGAGUUCAUCAACUGCAGAUGCUUUGGGGCUUAGCAGAGCAAUUUUAUGUAAUGGUAAGAGAGAAAAUAUUAACAAAAUAAUGUACACCAAGUCAUGUUUUAAAUAAUUUAUAAUGUAUUCUGGUAUAUUAUGAUUCUAUUUCAAACGACUUACCUGUUGGGCAAAUCAAUAUCUUCUCAUUAAUACUUCUCAAAGUGCAAAUGUCUCAAACCUUUUACUCCUCAUAGUGGCCAGAGAAAAAAUUCACAAAAAAAUUUUGAAUUUCUUUUUCCAAAAUCCCAAAACAUUUAAAUCAAUAUUACUACAUUUUAUAUUAAGUGCAAAAGUUCUGUCAAAGAUGUUUCAUUUCAAUGGUAAAACCAUUACAUAGUUAAAAUUGAGAGCGGCAUUGAAAUAAAAUUGCCAUAACAUGACCUAGAUGUGUAAGGGUUAAACCACUGUAAGGUGUAUGGCCCAUUUUUUAAGAGCACUGAUCUGUGAAGUCGAGGGUCACUGGUUAUAUUCUAGGUACAAUACCAGGGUUUUAAAAUUACUGAAAGAGAAGGUACUGCCUUUGCCCUGAAAAUGGCUAGACCUUGACAUAACUCAAAAAUUGAAUUCUUGUCUCCAGUAGGGUAUGAAAAAGCAAUCCUAGUAUUUUUAGGGGUAAAUACAUUGACACUUUUAAAAAUAAAGGAUGACUUUGGGAUUUUAGAGUAUUAUACCCUGGCUCCAGAGUUUCAUUCUCAAAAUACCUAGGAUGAAAUAAACACGUGCUUACUGUUGAUAAUUUAGCUCUCAAGACGGACCUCUGGUCACACAAGCAAGCAACCUCAUUUCCAUGCCAGAAAUCAGUUCAGAAUCUGAACUGGGUCACUGACUGGUUACUCCCAUGUCUGCGGGGAAUUAACGAUGUAACAGGGAACUUGAUUGGCUUCAUCAAAGAACUUCACUGCUUGAGAUUGCUCCUGUGACCAUUGGUUGUUUUUUUUCUCUUGAUGCUUUAUGCCUCUUUGUCACUGCUUCGCUGCAAACUAUCAGGAAUUAGAUAAGAAAAAAUAGCCUCUGGAACCCAGGAUAACAGUGUUACAGUGAAGAAAACAAUAAUUUUGGAUUAGAGAGCAUUAUUUUUUCUUGACUUAUUUAAUGGCAGACAAAUAAUCUAUUGCAAUGUUUUAAUUAGGUAAAGGCUUGACGUAGCAAACAAAGCAAAAUUGCCCUAUUGAACAUUCAGAAAUGGGAUGGUGGGAUCAUUUUGUCCCCUUCUAAAGAAUGAGCCUUCAGGAUUUUUUUGGUGUGGUUCAAACCUGUCGAACCUCUGUUUGUCUUUACACAUACACUGUACCAUGCAGUAUAAACUUUAAUAGUUCCUGUAGAUAAACAAUUAUUCAUUCUUGUCUUUUUGUUCCUUUCAGAUGGUCUUAUUAAGAAAUUGGAAGAACUUGAACAAAAUUCUAACAUUUACAAGGGUAAGUGUGGUGUUUCUUGAUAAGAUAAUUUUGUGUAUUAUACAUGUAAAUGUAAUGCGGUGGACUGUAUGAAUACAUACAUGUAGGAUGUGAUUUUGAAGGGUUUAAACAUACUGUACUCUGCAAACUAAAGUUAUUACAUAUUACAAGCAGUUACAAGUGUGUAGUGUAUCAUAAUAAUUAUAUUACACAGUCUAAAGUGUCACAAACAAACUAUUUCUAAUAGAAGAUCACCAACAAAAACUCUGAUAAAAAAGCGACAGGGACAGAGGGAUGAGAGAAUAACAAUAAAUUAUUACUAAGUAUCGUUUUUUGUUCAUCAGGUCUUCUUGAUCAUGCAAGACAGUACCUUCAAAGUUUCUAUAAUUUGGCACAGACGCAUAAAGGUGACUUGGAAUUUUUAGUUCAUACUAUUCAAAUAAUUUUUUUUUCUGUGGUAAUUAAAGUCAUCAGCAGUUGAAGUGCUUGAGAAAUUACAGGUGUCUUAAAAAUUAGUGGAUGGGUGGGGGAGGAGGCCUGGGUGUAAGGAGGUUUCCUUGGCAACCAGCCUGUAUGUGGGGUCUACCUCAGCAGUGGCCACCAACAGGCAUCAUCACCUUGAAGCUCAUUCCAGUGAAGAAACGUGCCUGACUCUUCAAUACUUAUCUUCCAAGUCAAACCACCCUUGGACCAGGGAGGUUGAGGUCAUUAUUUGUGAAUGUAAAGGUGGUGAUUCCCAACUGUUGUAAUAACGCCAGGGUACAGAAAGAUGCAAUCAAACUGUGCCAACUUAAGCAGGUCAUAUUCAAAAAUGGGUGAAACUACUUCAGCUGUAACAGCUUUGGCUGGAGGUCAACCUUGCUUUAAAUGUGGCUUAAUGGAAUUUAUGCUAAGUCAAACUCAAGACAAUGCAUGCCAGCAAUCCUUUGUAUGAGAGUUUUUUUUUGGGGGGGGAAGGGUGCUCAAAUACUUUCACAGGGGACUUUUGGGAUUGACUGGUUCUCAGUUGAAGUCAGGCCAUGUUUGCAAUGCAUGACAUUGCUUUAGUGCUUGUGAAGUGUUAUGCUUUCCACCUUCCCUCCCUUUGGUAAUGUAUGCUGGGAGGAUGCCUAUUACAGGGUUGUAAUGGUUGAUUAUGCUUUACACUUAGCUGCUGUUCCUUGCCCCAUAAGGCCACCAGCCUCUGAGGCACUUCCCCCACAUGUUGUAUGUUGAUGGGAUUAAUAUGUAGCCAAAUCACAGCACCUCUAUUGGUACCUCUAUUGGUGAAGCAUGAGUCCUUUAUUUUUUUUUUGUUCUUUAGUUAAUAAUUCUUAUUUUUUCUGUAGAACUUGGAGAAAUAUUUGCUGCUAUUGGUGUAAGAGAAUUACAACCAAAUGCAAGUGAGGCAUUUGCAAUUUUCAGUGAGGCCCACAGGUAUUUUUUUGCUCUUUAAUUUUACAAAUCAAUGUCAAUACCAAUCUUAUUCUGUUCAGAAACCAUUGAUAAUAAAAUGUUUGCUCACUCAGGGUAUUUGCAUGCUUGUCUAAGUUUUUUUGUGUGAUUCAGUUAGAAGAUAUAAAAAUUAUCUGAACUAGGCAUUUGCCCAUCAGGUUAUUAUUAUUGAGGAUGAAAGGUAACUUGCCCACAAAAAGAAUCUAGUUCCCCUAUUAUUUUAAUGUCAGUAGCAUGGAUCAGUGUAUUCAAUGUUUAAUUCUCUUUUUCUGUCCUAUUACUGACAAUAAAUUAUUAUCAUUUUUUUGUUUAUCUUGUUUCUUAGGAGUUUUGAGAAACUAGGACUGGAUUACUUAAAGAAAGUAAAGCCUAUGCUCAGUGAUCUCAACACCUAUCUCUCAAAGGUAAUUAAAAUGAAUGUAAAUGAAUAUAGAGGAUAUUAAAUACAUGCACGUGGAUACAAAUUUUAUCUUUGAGUGUUCAACUCGAUAUCUCACUUGUUCCCUGUGCUCACUCAUGAGAUAUCGAGUUGAACACGAGAAGAAAAAUUGGUAUCCACAAGCGGGCAUGAAAUAUUCACACCAAUGGCGAGAUGCUGUGAUGCUGUUUUCCUAUUGGCUGAGACUGAAGUAGCCAUGACAAGCGUCAUAUCUUCACUUGUGAAGGAUAAAAAUUAUUGUAUCUUCAUGGGAUACCAAAUUUUUGCCACUGGAAAAAUCCUGCUAUUUCAUUGGUGUCUUGGUAAUAAAAAAAUAUUAUCAGCUUGCCUUGAAUGAGCUAACUUAAAUUAUAUGUACAAUUUAAAAAACGAGCAGGGGUGGCUUUGCCUCAAGUUUUUAAACCUGAUUAUACACUACUGCAAGUUUUUGAACAGCAACUCAUUCUUGUACUAAUAUUUAGAUUUGGGAUUAUUUUGGUCUAAAAAACUGGAUGUAAAGUUUAGCCUUGUCUUUAUCAGUUGAAAGACACUCAUUAAACAUUAGUGUCUUUUGUUUUUUCUUUAUGAAUUAUUAAUAAGUUAUUGAAAUAGUUAUAAUAAAAUUUUCAAUAUGUAUGUUUAUUUUUCUGUAAGAUGGCAGCAAACGUUGGUCAUAUGAUGAAAUCACAUUAGCUGUUUUAUAACAGUAGUACAUGUUACAUUAUUAUUAAAUUAUUAAAUUAUUAUUAUCAUCAUCAUCAUCAUCAUUAUUAUUAUUUGAUUUUUUUGUGAAUAGGCUAUUCCAGACACCAAACUAACCAUCAAGAAAUACGCUGAUGCAAAGUUUGAAUACCUUGUAAGUGUUGCCUGUCCUUUUAGCUCGCCAUUCUUUAUUGAAAUAGUGACCCAUCUUCUAUAAACAGAUGGCAAAAAAAUGGAAGACUCACACAUUUAGUCAGCAGUUAGUUUCCAAAGACAUUGUAGUGCUGCAUUCACCAAGCAAGUAAUAAUUAUAAAUAAAAAUGGGUUUAUGUGACCCCCACAGAAAUUUGAAAAUGUUAUAAUAUUGUCUAUCACCAGCUAUAUAUAUGAAAACAAAACAAAAGUGACAACAUGAAAAUUUUCAUUAUUUUCAAGGCUGUGCUCUGAGAACAAACUGCAAGGAACCCAGUGCUCUGUACAUGUUAAAUCCAGGGUGCCCAGCAUAUAAUUUAAGUGAAAGAACGGAGAUUUUCAAGUUUUUCAUGGGAGCAAAAGUUGCAGGCACCAGGGGCCACUGGGCUCUGCUGGAGCACAGCCCUGACUUUUUUUAGUGCUGGUGCAGCUAAUCUGCUGAAUUUUAUUUGAUGAUAUUUUCCUUUGUCAUUUUAGUCUUACUGCUUAAAAGUCAAGGAGAUGGAUGAUGAAGAGUAUGCUUAUGCAGUAAGUUCUAAAUUCUAAAUGUAUACUCCCAGUAUGAGUACUGGCAGUUGAUAGAUCCUAAUGCGAGUAGCUCAUGAGAAUUGCAUGACGUUUUACACCUAUUUAAUAGAUAUUUUUUUAUUUUAUUCGUGAACUAAUGUAAGACACAAGGCUAGAAAAACAAUAAUGAAAGGGUGAGUGCAGCUAGGACCUCAAAGUCCAGGCUGAGUUGUUCAAAGGUUGAUUCAUGCCAAUCCAGGAUUGGGUACUGUUUAAAAAAUGAGUUGGAGUGUAUUAUUAAAUGUAGGUUUGCCAAGAGUUUUUAAACAUGAUAAUACAGGACCGCAAGUUUUUGGAAUGGCUUCAAAAUCUCUGAUAUAGAUCAACUCAUUCUUGCACUAAUGUUUAUAUUUGGGGUUAUUUUGGUGUAAAAAAUUGGAUGUAUUGUUAGCCGUGUCUCUGUCAGGUAUAAAGACACUCAUUAAACAUUAAUGUCUUUUGUUUUUUCUUUCUGAAUAAAUUAUUAAUUAGGUUUUGAAUUAUUAUUAGUCAUAACUUGUAUGCUCUGUUUGUAGUUAACCAGGAUUAAAGAUUACAGCUUUAACUGGGCAUGGGACAACUGGGGUCAGAUGUAUAUAUUUUCUAACAUAUCUGGUUUCUUUAAAUUUCUCCAGGCACUGCAUGAAUCACUCUACAGAGUAGAGACUGGAAACUAUGAUUAUAGGUAUGAUUUUGCUUUUUUAAGUAUAACCCCACGCAAACACCGAAAUGGACAAAAAAACAUUGCCCAUUAUAUAAUUGUGGGAAGUUGGAUGGGACGUAGUUACUUGUUUCUAUCACUUACAUCAUCACUCAUCAUGGGUUGGGAGGGUUCAGUGGGCUCAUAAAUGGAAUGAUGUUGUUGCAUGUUGUUGGGAGUUGCAAAAAAGCUAUUAACGCAAGGACAUUUGAAACUCAAUCGAACAUUUUUUAAUUGCUGUAUACAACUUGUUCUAUCCCAACCUUUGCACGUUGUUUUGUUGUUGGGAGUUGUUACGCAAAGUUUGAAACCAGUCAAGCUUUUAAGCCUACAACUCCCUACAUUUGUUUUGUUCUGUGAUUGCCAAAGCAUGAGCAACAAUGUUGGAUCCGUUUUCACGGCUCUUCCAACAUUGUUACAUGCAUUACACGUGGCUUACAAAGUCUUAUGGGUUGUAUCCUUUCCUUGGUGCUUUCGGGUUUGUACAUUGUUGGGAGUUGUUGCAUCCGUUUCCCCACCACUACCAACAAGGAUGCAACUGCUCCUAACAUUGUUGGAAAAGUUCAUGAGUGAUUUUUUGACUCAAGGACAACAGCUCUCCUUGUAACUAACGAAACAAAAAUUGAACUUACACUUGGGUAUUGUUUGUUAUUGUUUGCAAUAUUUAUCACAUAAAAUACCCAACUUUGCAUCAGUUGUAAUGCUCCAAAAAGGAAAAAAAACGCAUAAGGAAAGAACAUGACAGAGCUUGUCAACCAUGAGUCAAACGUGUGCAGAAUAUUUUACAAGCCACAAGAUAAGCAGUGCUUAAGCACAUUCAUAUUGGUAGAGCCUUACUGGUGAUCAAACUGAAAAACUUUGUUUUUACUGAGACUUCACGUUUUGACCAAUUAGAGGUAAUAUCAACUAUCACAUGUUCACUGAAAUGAUUUACAUAGCUAUUAUGUUUUCAUUUUAUGUUUUAACUACUCACUACUUUCAUUUGUUUUGCUAGAGUUGUGUUGCGUUGUCGUCAGUUAGCAAGAGAGAGAUUUGCAAAGCUAAGGUCAGAUGUCUUGGUUAAGCUUGAGCUUCUUGAUCAAAAACAUGGUACGUUUCUAAAUUGGUUAACUUUACUCGUAACAAAAGGUGUGACCUGACACUGUGGUGGAUGAUUACAUACAUACUGUACAUACUUUAUGAACAUGACUAACACUUAGCUAUGAAGCUAGUUUACAGAUCAGUCAAAUUAAUUAUUACAGUACCUUAAUAAUUUAUACCAAGCAACUGACUAGUCAGCGGUCCAUUUUUACUUUACAUCUUUCUUGUUAAAGCACCAUUCACUGUAAUGGUUUAACUCGUGAAUUACUGAACAACUUAAGAGUUAAAGUGACGAGCAGGGACUUGGACGGUUGCAUCAUAAUUGUCUGUCAAUAUUCCAGGGGAUCAUCAGGGAGGUUUUAGGUGGGCGUGUGCUACCAAGCACCCAAAUUUGGACCCAUUCGACAUUAGAGAUGAGGAGGGUACUGGAUCGAGUUACCUUUUGCAAAGACGUUUGGGAUUGUCACUAGGGACAGGGUAAAAAAUUGUUUAAUAGCUAACUGGCGCGUAACAGCGUAACGACACCAGAAAUAUUUGUAGGAGGCAUUUUAGCUCCCACCAGUUUCCUUGUUGUUCCUAAAAUGAAGAAUGGAGGCUGAAGCUUUUUAUAUUCACCUCGUCCCUUUGUUCUUUUCUUUCCUCUGUAAACUAAUACUGUCCAUUAUGAGUAAUUUACGAGUUGCCUCACAGGAACCCUUGAUUUUUGUUUUAAUUUCCACAGUACAAGACAUCGUUUUUCAACUGCAGCGAUUUGUGUCAGCUGUUACAGAGUACCACGAGAAUUCCUAUUCAGUACUUAAGGAAGCCAAUGUCUUCCCUAUUGAGGUCGAUUUAACAAGAGGAGCCCUUGGAAAUACUUUAAAAUAAUUUAAGAUGUUAUGUCAAGACAAACUAUGGCAAUUAAGUCUGUACAACACUGUAGUGUCUCCAGGGGUUAUAGUUCAUUGGUUUGCCAAUGGCAUCUAUGAAUGGUUACCUCUGGUAACUGUGACAUGUGCAUGGGUUCUUCAGCAGGUCCCGUUUUUUCAAACAUUUGGGAUAGCGCUAUCCACGGGAUAAAUCACUAUCCAAUGGCUAAGCGUUAGCCGAAACCAAUUGCACUAUCCACAGGAUAAAGACUUAUCUAGUGGAUAGCUUGAUCCAGAGUUUUAAACAACUGGGCCCUGCUUUUCUGGGGCUGGUUACAUAUAACUGAACCACUCGCAUCUGGCAUUAAAAUAGGCUGAGUGUGAGGUGAUAACAGUUAUGGCUGACAUAAGCAACUGGCUCCUGAAUUACAGCUCCUAUGGCCUAGGCUGGGUAGCAAGCGUGUCCGUGCUAGUGCGUUGUGAAAGUCCGAAAGAGAGCCAAAAAGGAAAGAAAAGAAAUUUUUUUUUUUCAGUUUUGGCAAAGAACUCAAACAGAAAUGAUUGCUAUGCGUAUGCCUAUGCGAAGACUAGCCUUGGUCAUGGAUUAUCGCUCCCUUGAAUGAGCGAGCUGACAAAGUUCGCGAGGAAUCAACUAAUUUCAUGUAAAUGUAAAGAAUACAUGGCAACCGCAACACUAAGUGGUUUUACAACAAAAAUAAUUUAUUGGUGCUUUGAAGGAGCCUUAGUGGCUUAACCCUUAGGUUAAUUAAUCGACUACAGUACGUAUUUCAAGGACGUAAUCCAAUACUUCUAUUGUCAAUUUAGCCCGGUGUCCGCUUAAUAGAGGUUUUUAACAAUAGAAAUUAGCCACAUACAAUUUAUUUUGGUUUCCGCGUCUCUUAAUAGUACCCUGGGUGCCAGACACUUUUCUAGCGCGGUUUCCGGUUUCUGUCAAGUCUUUAUAGUGACCUGCGCGAAAAGGUUUUCUCGCGGCUACGCCGCUCGUGGUUUCGGCCUACGGCCGAAGAUGUGUCGGCCUUCGGCCAACACCGAAAAUUCCCGCCGCAAGCCAGAAAAGCCUCUGGUACCCAGGGUAGCUUAAUAGAGGUGUCCGCUGAAUAGGGGUUCGUUAUACAGGGAAAUAUAAGUGUCCAUUUCGGGACGUUUCACUGUCCACUUAUAGCCGUUGCGCCGCCUGUAAUUUAACCUCGGCGUAACGUCUGAUGUAAUUUUACCUCUUGUUCUGGGCCCCCAACGGACUAAAACGAAUUACCGGAAGUGCCUUUCAAAUUUCGUAUAUCUUGAUUGGCAAAUCAACAAUGGCAUUCUUAACAGGCCAAUCAUGGCGCGCACUCAAAUCUUGGUACACAAGUGGGGGCCCAGGACAAGGAUUUGGGCAGCCUCGUACCCAGGCCAGUUCGCGCUAUCCGAGUUACAUGAGGAGGCUUGGAACCAAGCGCUAUAGCGCGAGGCAUCCUAGGCGAAUUUUCCCGACAAGCUUGACAGGUGAACAGGUUAAAUCACAUCCCAAAUCGCCGAGGAUGACCUGGAACGACGGACUUAACCGGAGUUUAGUUUCGUCUGCGGCGUAGGCUGUAUACUUAUUAAUAGCUGCGAAAAUUAAAUUGCACGAAAUUUACUUUGCUAUUAUAUACCGAUAUAUAUAUUUUGUUUUAAGUAGUCGUCAAACUCUAUCUGUCGGUUCCUCCUUGUAUAUAGCUCUCGCCUUGGCGGGUUUCAUAAAAUGAGGAAAUAGCGAAAUUCUUAUGGUUUGGCUAUUUUGUCCUUCCCAAAUUGCGAAAUACUCACAAAAUACAGUAUGCACUAAAAUUAGAAAGAAUGAGUAGUGCUUUGGCGUGACCGGUUAGUGUUUAAUUUGAAUCUUUAAAAAUAUCAUAAUAAUCAUUGUCAUCUUUAAAAUUUAUUCGUGUCGAAACGUUGAAAUUAUUCUAA